AUGGUCUCCAUUGCUUUUCAAAUCAUGGGCAUGGCCCUGUCUGUAGUGGGCUGGAUUGGGGCCAUCAUCACGUGUGCCUUGCCUAUGUGGAAAGUGACGGCUUUCAUUGGUACCAACAUUGUGACAGCCCAGACCACUUGGGAGGGGCUGUGGAUGAACUGUGUGGUGCAGAGCACUGGCCAGAUGCAAUGCAAGGUCUAUGACUCCAUGCUGGCUCUGCCUCAGGAUAUACAAACCGCCCGGGCUCUCAUGGUCAUCUCUGUGCUUCUGGCUCUCUUAGGCCUGAUGGUUGGCGUCAUGGGUGCCAAAUGCACCAACUGUGUGGAGGAGGAAGACGUCAAGGCACGUAUUGUCAUUGUCGCCGGGGCCAUCUUUGUGGUAUCAGGAAUUCUUUGCCUCAUCCCAGUCUGUUGGUCAGCCAAUACUAUAAUCCGGGAGUUCUACAGCCCAUUAGUUGUGGAGGCUCAGAAGAGAGAGCUGGGCUCGUCCCUCUACCUUGGUUGGGCAGCGGCUGCUUUGAUGAUCCUUGGAGGAGGAUUGCUGUGCUGCAGUUGCCCCAAGAAAGAGAGCAACAACUACAGUGCUCGAUACACAGCUGCUGUCUCUCAACCCCACAGUGAUUACCCCAGCAAGAACUAUGUUUAAGAGAAUCACA